AUGCCACAUGCCGUUCGGCUUCUGAUCUCCCUGGCUGCUGUCGCGCAGCAGGGCGGCGGGUGGUGGCUGCACAGCAACGUCACCAACCAGACUGGGGCGGAUGCCGGGCCUCGGGACGAGUCCAAGCGGGCGCAGCUCCGUGAGUGGGUUGUGUCCCACGCGAAUGUUGGCAGCGACUGGGCUGCUUGGCUCACAUGGCCCGACGCUCAGGGUGUACCGGAGCGGAUGUGGUCGUGGGACAGCGGUUUGUGCAUGGUCCUCGACACUGCAGUGAGUUUCAUCGGCUGGAUGCUGUUCGGGAACUCGUGGCCAGGCGUGAGGACGGGCUGCCAGCGCAUCUUCCGACUCUUGGCAUUGCUGCUGCUGUGCAUGGGUGCCCACUACCUGUGGGCUUUGUGCUGGCCGGUGCUGUCGCUGAUCUCGGUGGUCGUGAUGGGGGUCGUAUGGCUAGUGAGGGCCAUCGUCCGCAAGCUUGGGACGUUGGUCUACUGGGCUCAGCAGGCGGCUGGGGGCGUGCCUGAAGCCUCUGACGCCGAGUUCUUGGGCCCGGGUACGGGAAGGAUUCCCGAAACCGCGGACCUCCGAGCCUUCAAGAAGGUCGGUGGCGCUGACAAGUGGAUCCUGGUUCGUCGCGGCGGGCAUGUGGCGGUCUUCAAGGCGGGCAGCGACUCCCAGACGAUCAGAACGCCCGGCUUGUUUGUCCCUGUCGAGCCGGACACGAUGCGGGGCGACAAGGAGAUUGUGGAGGCGUGCCAGGGUUACGACAAGAUUCAUCUUUGCCGCAACCUGGUGUGCAACGAGGAGGGCCAGCACUUCAAGGAGUACGGCGUGGCUCGCGAUUUCGACGGCGAGCGCUUCCAUCUCAAGAACGCGGAGCUCGGCGCAGCCAAAGCGGGUCGAGCUUUGUGGUCAUGGUUGUGGGCGUCACCGGCCAGGCCCCCUAAACCGCUGAAGGAGUUCGGAUCCGAGUCGGAGACCGAGCCAGCCAAGGCGUGUGGUGCUCACCGUGUUGCCUGGGCCGAUCUUGCCGGGGAUUGCAGCUUAGCGACCCAGCCUUGCCGGAUGCCGGGCACCACCUUCUGUGACCUGCUCUUUGAGGACCGGUUUGAUGAUUUGGGUCGUGUAGAUCUUUGCCCUCAGCAUGCUUUGGACUACGAACGACGGCGGCGACCUCAGCAGUGCCAUCACAACGGUUGUGCUCAUGUGGGAAUUCUGGGCGAGUCUGGCGAUGGUGUUCGUCGGUCCGAAAGCCGAGCUCUCGCAGACGCUCGCCGGCUCGCCCUCCUCAGCCUGUACAAGACGAUCCGGAGGAACCUGAGCUACCGCCACGAGGUCAUGACGGUAAAGUCAGAAGGCGGUGAGCCAGAGAAGCGAGUGAGGGGAAGUUCGCCGGGCCGCACGCCGCGGUCGAGCAUCCAGAAGAAUUUGGCGAAGUUGGGCUUGCUGGACUCACCGGCCAAGGAACAUCCCCUCCCUGUGCUUGAGGAGUUCUUCAACCAGUAUGCUGAGGGGCGCGAUGCUGGGCUAUCAGAGGAGGACGUGAGAGUGAGCAUCGCCGCUGAGCGGGGCCAGACGCUGAAGGAGGUGACUAAGGAGCUGGUGCGGGCGGCCAUUGUGGAGCAGGAGAAGGGGCAGCGUGGCCUCACCAAGUUCUUGAAGGCCUGGCAGAAGCCCUCAUCGACACGGGGCUCUUCGCCAGCCAGCGUGGCGCGGGGCAGCUCGGCUCCAUCCUGGGACUUGGUGGAAACGUCCCCUUUAUCUUGCAGGCAGCGGCGACGCGAACGUCUGGUGGAUUGCCUCCCCUUGCACAAGUUUCUGCGAUUGGAGGUGGAGCUUCAGGGCAAUACGCUGAGCAAGGUCGGUGCGGAGCUCUUCCUCAACGCCCUGCGCAACGGCGCCUUUCCCAUUGCCGAGUCCUCGGGCAAGUCUGGUCGUUAUCCCAAAAUGUGGGAUUUGCCUUGGUGGCGGGAGAUCCUUCGCCGCCCCGACGUGCAGUUUGUGGAGUUUCCCAUGUGCGCCUUUGGCUUGGGGCCGCCUGACGGUGAAGGCUACUAUCAUCAUCGCACGCGGCUGGUUUUCCCACGAUGUGAGGCUUUUGCGGCCGCCCUGUCGCGGUGUUGCCCGGGCGUUGGAGCAGCUCAUCGGCACGUUCCUCUGGCUGGCGCUCGACCGGGGGCCGCACAGUCCAGGUGCGCAGAGGCGGGCGUCUACCCCCAGGAGUUUGUGCGCACCGUGGUGUCCACCUUGCACCAGCCGCUGGUCGCGGGGGGUGAGGACAGCAGGCCACAGUGGCCGGUGGCGGAGGAGACGCGAGCGGGCUCCGAUGAGUGUGACGUUGGGCCGUGGGCCCCCCACUGGGCAAGUAGGGCCGGUGGCGAUGUUUCAGGCCGCAGUGGUUGGCUGCACGAGCUCGACGAUGACUACGUCGAGGGCUGCGAGGGCACGAUCGGCUUCGCGGGCGACUUCCCCACGGGUGGCUGGGUGGUGAACGGCGAGGACACGAGGGCGGGCAGUGCCGAACGCUACGAGGCCCCGACCGAAGAGGCGAAGAUCGCGGCCCAGACUUACAUCGAGCUCACUGGAAAAGGGGGCCCCGGGUGUCCCGAGGCCUGGAAGCGGGUCUGUGAUGGAGGUGCACGUCUGGUCCAGGAGGCUGGGUCGGUCAAGCUUGCCGCUGAGAGUCUGUGGGCGGUGCGCGAGGAGAAGGGGCUCAACAACUUGAAAGGCGUCGACGAUUCCCGAUUGGACACCGUCCUGCACCCGGACCUCCUGGAGUACCUUCGCGACGUUCGCAGGCGGGGCUUGGCUGCACGGUUCGUGGGAGAGCGCAAGCGGUGCCAGGCGAAGGUCCACCCAAAUGGGCGGCGGAAUCUGGCUCAAGUGUACCGCCAGAUUUGGAAGGACGUGUGCAAGCUUCGUGUCUUGGUCGUGCCGGCAGGGUUGGAGAUGGGCCCGGUGAUUUCGAGCCCCUUUGAUGCUGUCGACAAGAUGCUGCCGGACCGCUCCAUCGCCCCCGACAAGCGCAUUGUGCACGACCAGAGGGUGAUCAACGAGGGCACUCACAAAGAAUGGCAUCCUCCCUCUGUCCAACCACGGCAUGAGCAGAUCGCGAGGCUAGUGCUGUUUGCGAAAUGCCAGCUGCCGGGCGUCGAGGUCUUGAUGAGCAAGAAGGAUGUGGCGGGGGCCUUUCGGCUGCUGUGGGUCGAUCCCAGGGAUGCCGAGCUGUUUGCGGGUGACCUCCCAUGGGUUCCAGAGGAGAUGGAAGAGGGCGACAGGGCGACCGGGGAGGGCAUGACCAUAGUCUACCUCGUCAGCUCCUUUGGCUUUUCUGGCUCGCCGGGUGAGUGGACAAUGUGGGGCAAAGCUACCGAGGAGUUCCUACGACGUCAUUGCCCCGCGAAACCCCGACGAGACCUGGCCUGGGCGUUCGAGAGCCGCAUCCUCGUCGACGACAACGUGCUGGUUGAGCCCCUGGUGGGCCUGAGGCCUUGGGUGGCGAGUGAAGUGUACGAGCUCGGGGUGAAGACGCUCCUCGGCGAUGCGGCGGUGAAUCGGGAGAAGGACCUCGUGGAAGGCCCGUUUCGGACGUUCCAGACGGUGUGGGGCUUGGACAUGGACACUGCGACGGAGGAGAUCCACCUGCCGGAGAGACGAAUCCUCAAAGGGGCCCACCUUCUUAGCGACGGGGCCUUCGAGUACGGCUGCAAGGAUCUAACGGUGCGUGCGGUGCAGAGGUUCCGUGGUCUGGCGACUGGUUGGACCGUGAUCGUCCGGGGGCUCAAGAACGAGCUCAAGGCGGCCGACCGAUUCUUGGGUGGUGGAGGCGAUGGCGGCGCAAAAGUGUGCCCGAAGCUGGCGGUUCCUGGGGAUGCCGAGGAGUGUGAACAGGCUUGGCGUGACCUUUGGGAGCUGUUCGAGGAGUCGCGAUGGCUGUGUGCAAGACCGGAGACGUGGCCUACGAAGUUCGGAGCCAGCAUGCGCGAGCUCCUUCCGAUCCGUGAGCGUCUCGCUCUCCCAGGCGAGUGGGAUGCUGGGACUGUCUUUGUGUCUUCCGAUGCCACCAAGGUCAUGAUCGCUGCCAUCGACUGGACCAGCGGUUCCGUGAUGAGGAUGAAGGCCAAAGCGGCAGCUGAGUGGGUUCAACGGUGUGGCGAGGAGGACGAGGUCGCCAUCCAUGUCGCCGAGAUGCUGUCGUUCCUGGCUUUUGCGUGCCAGGUCGGGGAGUCGUGGCAGGGCAAGAUCGUUCUCUACGGCGGGGACAACAAGAUCGUGAAGGAAUGGACCGUCGGCAGGAAGGCGGGCACGAGGGUGGGACGUCUUCUCGUGCGCGUGAUCAACCUGCUGGAGAUGCGCUUUCGCUUCGCACUUGUGGCCACGUGGUGGAGGACCUUUCACAAUGUCCACGCCGACCUGCUCACCCGGUGCUCUGAUGAGGAGUUCGACGCGAUCGUGAAGGACAAGGGUUGGAAGGUCGUCGACGUUACGGAUGCCCUCCGGCAGGCGAUGAUCGACUCGGAGCGCUUUGGGCCCUGUUUGCUGGCUUGGGGCGCAGAGGACCGCAGGGUGCUCAUGCAGCUCAAGGAACGAAGGCUGAAGCGGGCGGUGCCACACACGAUCGCACCCAAAUGGAGCGACUUCCGCGCGGUGGAGCUGUGUGGUCCGGACCGGGUCGUCAAGGACUUUGUCGAGGCCGCCAUCGCGGCGGGUGGCCAGGGACGCUCAUCGUCUUGGUCGGGGCCGGUGUUCCCAGCUGAGGUGGUCUUUGCCUCAUUACCGCCCGACCUGCACGCCAAGGUGAUCUUGACGGCCAGCAAGACCGCCAUUGAGGGGAAGGCGCAGCUCGUGAUCUUCGAGGGCCCGCGGCAAGUUUGCGAGUUUCUCACCACGGAGUUUGGCGAGCUUGCUGCGAGGAGGCGGAAAUGCAUGGUGGCGGCUCCACAUGGAUCUGUCCAGGGUCUGUUCGUCGCCAACACGUCGAGGGGGACACUGGCACCGCCGAUGAGUGCUGUGCUGGGAGAUGCGCGUUCGACGUCGGUGAGCCAGUGGAUCUACCCGGACACGAUCCUCGUCGACUCUGGCAUUCCCCGUGAGCCCCUUUUGCCUCUCCUGAAGGGCCACUACUGGGUGAAGGGCGAAAGGCACGUGCUGAUGAGCACGAGCGGGCCGCUGCGUUGGCCGCUGUGUGAGAACGGCAAGAUCCAGCAGUGUGUUGUUUGGGAACCCAGGGGCCCACCUGGUGCAGUGCGGCUUCUGACGGAGGCAGAAGUGUGGCUAUGUCAAGGGAGGCGGCCGACGGCUUGGGAUCAACUUCGCGGCGAAGGACAUGAGCCCGGGUUUCUUUUGAGAGAAGGAAGUAAGGCCACCGGGGGGCAAACCGCAGCGGCACUUGUGCUCAUGGCGGGCUACUCCGUUUCUUCCGACGCUCGAGCCGGAGGAGUAUGGGAUAGCUGGGACGAUGCGAACCUCGCAAAGGUGUUGGAGUGGCUGCGACGGUGGAAGCGUGGACUACUUUCCCGAGCAGCUGGACAAGAAGACGAUCGGCGGGCCGGAGGGUGCGAGCCUCGAGUUCAUGAAGGCGGCCGAGCGGGCGAGAAGGACGGCGACGCGGGCAGCUACAUCAAGAAAGUCACCGUGUGGAGAUGGGGCGAUGUGCUGUGGCUGCCCGCUUCCAGCAGCGAGGACGAGGCAGAGGACGAUCCCAGGCGGGCCGGAGCUCCAAGAGGGGGCACUCGUCGUGGAAAGGCUGAAGCGGCACAUGGGGCCGCGCAGGUGCAUAUCGAACCGGGCCCGGUCAGACCGUUCACCGGUGAAGUCGGGGCUCAUGUCGAGGAGUGGGUCGAGGACAACUUGUGUGGCUACCUCGCUGACAGCACGGCGAAGCAGUACGCGGGCAUCUACAGCAAAUGGAGGGCCUGGAGUGCGAGACAAGGGUGGCCUACGGAGUUCCUCGACAAGUCGGAGCCUGUCGAGGCGAACGAGAACAAGUUGCUCGGAUUCCUCGGGUACCUGGGCUGGCUGGGAAACUCAGUGGCUUCGCUCAAGCAGGCAGUGUUCGCGAUCAAGGACGGGCACAAACGUGGAGGCCAAGGUGAUCCCACUGAGAAGAUGCACCGUCUAUGGAUGCUACUGGGUGCUUUGGACAAAAGAGCACCAAAAAGUCCCAGGCGACUGGGCGUUACGCCGGGGAUGCUCAAAUGGAUUGCUGAGGAAAUGGGCCCCCAUCUGGCGGCUACGGCGGAGGAGCGCUUCGACUCAAUCAUGGUUUUGGCGGCCCUCAACACGGCAUGGUUUUUCAUGCUGCGGGCGAAGGAGUAUUGCGAGUCCAACGGGGUCGACUAUGCCAUGAUCAUGCGAGGCGUCGACCUCAAGAUCGAAUGCGAUGAGAAGGGCGAGGCCUUUGUCACCCUCCAGUUCCGCAAGACGAAGACGGAUCAGGAGGCCUUCGGCACGUGCAAGACGAUGUACGCCUCGGGCCCUGCUACGCUUCCGGGGAUUGCCCCCCAACGCUUCGGGCACGGAGGCGAGGCUCUGAAGCCACUUUUCCGGUGGGCCAAUGGGCAGAUGCUGAAGAGGACACAGGUCCAGUACGUUCUGCAGCAAGCCGCAGCUGGUGUGGGCCUGCCUCCCGGGAGGUUCAUGUCCCAUUCUCUCCGCAUUGGCGGAGCAUCGGCGCUCUUCCAGGCCACGGGCGAGAUCGAGGUGGUGAAGCGAACGGGACGGUGGUCGUCAUCGGCUGUUCAACGCUACCUUCAUGAUGGCGAGACGGCCUUGAAGCAGGCUGCGAGCAAGAUGGCUUCUGUGGAACAGCGAGUUCAUUACACUUGA